AUGCCGAAUCCGACCAUGUGGCUCCAGUCAACUGCAUUGCUUUAUGCAGUUGUGACUCUGCUGCUAUAUACCGAAAGUGUCUCGGCGUCGGCCAUCUCGGGUAGGGCGAGUGCUGACUUACCAACGACACACCGUAUGCAGCUGGACAAACCCCAACGUAUUUAUACUAGAAGGCUAUUGAGAGGUACUUUGGCAAAUGACGAGCGAAACGAAAACAGAGUGAUCAAUGGUGCCAUCGAAAAACUUGCGGGUCUGGCUAAGACGGGCGCAUUAAAGAUAAGCGAAAACGCGCGGUACUGGCUGGGGAGGGAGCAGCCGGCAGACGAGAUUCUAAGA